AUGCCCUUACUCUCGUCCCUUGCCUCCUGGCGCGUGGCAGCUCUCCUGCUUGCCAUAAUUAAUCUGAAAUGUCUUCCUUUCGCCUGGCAUCUCCGCCUGUUCUACACCAUGUAUCGAAAUUGGAGCAAACCAUCUCGAGUUCAGCAAUACCUAGCUGCCCAUAGACAAGACAAAACCACACACCCGAUCUUUCAAUCCGUCUCCGUCUUCUCACGUUCACCCCUUCUAGAGACCGACUACAACUUCCACAAGAGCAACAGCACCUACUUUGCCGACUUGGAUGUGAGCCGAGGCGCCCUCGUCACAAAACUCCUCGCCUCAAACAUGAAGCAGGGCAAACAAGAUCUUGAAAAGGAAGGCCACAAGGGCCCGGCCAAUGUCAUACUAGGAAGCGUUCAUACCUCGUUCCAUCGCGAGAUCAAACCAUAUCAACUCUAUGAGGUUCGAUCGAGAGUCCUGGGCUGGGAUAAGAAGUGGCUCGUGAUUCUUACCUAUUUCAUUCGUCCCGCCUCUAAAGGCAAGGAUGAGGUGGUUCUUGCGUCGGCGUUGAGUAAAUAUGUCAUCAAGAAAGGAAGAUUCACCGUCGCGCCCGAACGAUGUCUGACUACCGCAGGCUGGCUGCCUCCAAGGCCAGCAGAUUCCCAAUCUGGCGCGGGUCAGAACCGUGAGAGCUCAGCGGCGUCGGAAAGCCCACUCAACGAUCAGGUACAAAGCUCCCAGCUCUCCCAAACAGAGCCUUCGAUCAUAUCAACCCCGGACAACGACGGGAUCGCAGCGCCCGUCCCUGAAUCCGCCGUUGACGCAACGGCCUCAUUUAUAGAGAAAUUGGAGAGCGCCGCCCACCUUGCGUCUGCAUCAAACACUAUCGACCCUCUUAUACCCCUGACCAAGCUCGAGGAUGCCGGCGAAUGGGACUGGCAUAGAAUUGAAAUGGAGAGGACUCGAGGCAUUCAAAUCGCAGCCGCUUGGCUCUCGCUGGACAAGGAAUUGUUGGACGAGGCCAAGCAUGAGGAAUAG